AUGGCUUCUCAUCUAAAAGAUGUUGUAAAAUCAACUAUGUCAGAUCAAAUACGUAAGGAGUUGUGUGAGUACAAGAGAGAUAAUCCUGCAAGCACACAAAAAGACUUGCAGAGAUGGCUUGAGGGAAAAUUUCAGUUGAAAGUUAGUCAAGGAACAAUAUCAAACACACUUAAGCGGCCAAAUGACUAUCUUUCUGCUGAAAUAGAAAAGGGAAGAGCAGAGAUCAAAAGACACAAACCAGCAAAAUAUCCUGACAUGGAGAAGGUUGUUUAUGAGUGGUUUCUCCAGCAUCAAGAACAUGUGAAUAUCACAGGAGAAUUAAUUUUGCAGAAGGCAAGAGAUACAAUGAAACUCGUGUAUCCUCAUGAUGAUUCAAAUUUUAACUUCUCUAUAGGAUGGCUUGGGAAAUUCAAGUACCGACAUGGCAUAAGGUCAUUUCGUCGUUUUGACGAGAAUGGGUCUAUUGAUGUAUAA